CGUUUCUAACCACAACUAUGGCGGCGGUGUUGAGACCGAGUGUGUUGACUCAAGCGGUCAGGAAAUAAAUCAGAUAAAAACAAAUCAAUGGAUAUUAUAACAGAAAUCUAUUCGAUAAUAAGCAGGUAAUGAUUAUCCGCAGGUCGAGGAUCAGCGUGCGGCCCAACGUGAGGCCCACGGGCCGCGCCGCACCGCCGUCUCAAGAAGCUUCUCAGGGCAACGACACUCCUGCUGGCCCCAGUAAUGAUGCGGGGGUCGAAGCCGGAGCUCAGGAGGUCGUCUCAGAGACCGGACCUACGGCUACUGUUCCUGCAGCGGAGACGAAUAAUAAUAAUAGCGCAGAAAGCCCGAGCGGGGACGUAACCAGCCAAUCAGAUCCCAGUGUGACCUUAGUGGACGUGACGGGUCAAAGUGCACCCUCAAGCUCUCUAUCCACGAGAAGGAAGCGCUUCAGUGUCCUUCCCAACCUCAGCAAACCCAGAGUUACUCCAACCUCCGCCAUUGCCUCCUCUAACCCUCCCAAAUCUCCUGUUAGAACUGAAACACCCCCUGCCUCCACCCGCCCCUUCUCUGAAUCACCUGAUAAACAUGAAUCGACUCAGGAACCUGCGCCGCGACCGCUUCCCGUCUCCACCAAAUCACUCCGAACUCCUGCCCCCAAGCUGCCCCCGCCUUCAAUCCGGAACGCUUCAAGGACCUCUAGAUUUUCCACUAAAGCUGUGAUUCCCACAGAGGCGACUACCAGUGAUGCUGUAACCACCCCAGUAACUACCCCAGAAUUAGCCCCAGAGCUGCCCCCUGCUCCAUCAGAUGGCAAAUCAGGGCACAGGAAAGUCAAACCUGUAACUCCGACUCAGGACGACACAGAGACGUCAUCAAGCAGGUCGGACGACGCGCCGUCCCUAUCAGCCAAUCAGGAUGCAGCAGAGUCGUCUUGCCCCGCCGAACCGGCACCGGGUUCUCAGUCACAGAACGAACCUGUCGUCGAGGAGGAAAGCGACCCCGGCUCUCCAGGGAAGAGUAAGAAGCUGCAGCACCAGGUUCCGCUGGCUCUGAGGACCCUGAACGACCCGGUGGACCGACUCAGGCUAGCGCGGGCCAGAAAAUUGAGAGAUCUGCUCAGAAAAGAGAUGAACAAAGAAAAACAGAAGGAGAAGCACCAGAGACCACAGAUCGGAGUCACCAAGCAUAAGAAACCAAAAGAUCACACCAAAAUGACCAUGAGAGAGCUCAUCUACUACCUGCCAUCUACUAACCCAAUGAAGUCAUACACUGACGAUGAACAAAGAGCCGAGACUGAGUCACCUUCUUCUCCUAAAGCAGUUCCAGCUGUCCAGCCAGCGCCCGAGGAGACCGCAGCAGCAGACGAGGAAGAGGAGGAGGAGGAGGAGCGAGAAGGAGAGGAGGAAGAACGGACGCUGGCUCCGAGAGUGAAGGUGGCCGAGGACGGGUCUCUCAUUAUAGACGAGGAAAGUUUAACCGUACAGGUGCACAGGAUGAAGGGACCGAACCUGGUGGAGGAGAGAGACCCGAUAUUCGAGCGCGGUUCCACCACCACCUACUCCAGCUUUAGGAAAGGAACUUACACUAAACCCUGGUCCAACCGAGAGACAGACAUGUUUUUCUUGGCCAUUAGCAUGGUAGGGACGGACUUCUCCAUGAUUGGACAGCUGUUUCCUCAUCGGGGUCGACUGGAGAUUAAGAACAAGUUUAAAAAGGAGGAAAGAGCAAACUCCUGGAGAAUAGACAAAGCGUUCAAGGAGAAGCGACGCCUGGACCUCGAUUUUUUCAAAAAGCUGCUGGAGCAGAUCCUCAAAGACGAGGAAGAGAAACGCAAGAAAAAGAAACAAACCUCCCAAAUGGCCAAGAUUUCCCGACAGACACCACGAGAAAGGAAGAGAAAGAUCUAUUCUUCAGAGUCGGAAGAGGAAGAGAGCUCAAGCAGCGACACCAUGGAGGGAGAGAAGGAGAACGAGAAGGUGCGUAACGAUGGGGGGAGCGGCGCUGCUCCGAAGAGGAAGAGAGCAGAAGCAGUAAAGAAGGGAAGUGAACACGCAAACCAAUCAGCUGAACAGGAAGCCGAGGACGAGGCCGAGAGCGGUGCUAAGGAAGAUCCGUCACCUUUUAACGAGUUGGAAUCUGUGGAGGCGGAGACCGAGACCGAGAGGGAGGCCGAGAGCUUUGGGGUGAAACCAGUACAGAGGCGGAGGAACAGACGUCCUGAGGCGGAGGGAAAAACUCACACCUCAGCCAAGGACGAGAGCACCAAGGAGUCAGCCUCAAAUGACACCGAGAGCGAGGAGGAGCCUGAUCUCACCGCCAUCCAGGAGAACAUUCUCAACAAGCCAACAAGGUCGGGCCGGAUCCCUAAACUCUCUCAGCACGUGAUCCGAGCUGCAGCGGAUGAAGAGGAUGAUGAGGAAGAGCAGCAGCUUCCACCUGUCCCUCGUCCACCUGAUGCUCGGCCUCGGGGCUCUCAGGCUAAACGGGGCAGAUGGCACGGCCCACGCAGGGGCAAAUCCAGACUUCUGACCCUACGCGCCGUGCCUGCUGAGGAUGAGGAGGACGAAGAGGAGGAAUGUGGUACGAAUCAGGAGGAAGAAAACUAUUCCGCCAGUGUGGAGGAAGAAAACCAGGCCUUUGUGCCGCUUGGGCUGCGUACUGUGAAGGCGGUCCAAGCCGAGGUGGAGGAAACAAUGGAGGAGCUGGACAUCUCAGUAAACGUUCCCGAUGUCCUGGGAAUUUCCCAGAAUGCCGUGUGCCCCGAGUCGUCCUGUGUGAGGGCGCUCACCCCCAUGGGCUCCGUGCCCUGCGAGCAUCAGCUCGACUUGCUUGUUGAUGUGAUCGAGUUCCUGGCUCCGGACCACAUGGAAGUGUCUGAGGAAGCAGCGAGGACUCUCCUGACUAUCGGACAUUCUACUCACGUGACCCAGACUGGAGAACUGUCUGAUACAGGUGAUGUCAUCAUUGUUGAAGAAUCAUCAGGUCAAGUCCAUGAAGAAGUUCUCAUGGAAACAACGUAUCAAUCCGAGAUCAGGGUUGAAACCUGUGACGCGGUGACCUCUGAACCUUCUCCCAUCACCUCAGAAACCGAUCGACUUGGUACCGACAGUACGGGAGAUAAAACCUCCCCACCGAGUCCUCCGCAGGACUCCGCCCCUACAGCAGAGCCAUCUGUCUCUCAGGAAAGUCAAGUUCCACCUAACGAAAACAAGAUCCAAACUGAGAGCGCAAACUCCAUCGUUUCAGAACCGACUGCUUCAAAGGCACGAAGGAACCGUCUGCCCAAACCCAAACCCAAUUUGAGCAGAGUCUCCAGAACUGCGCAAAGGCAGCCUGCAGAAUCAGUUAACAGUUCUACGGAAACGCUCAGCACUACAGGAACGGCCGAUACGACCCAAGAGUCCCAGGUAUUGACAACGGAAGACUUUGUUCCCAACACACAGUCUCAGCCGGAACCUGAAGACCAGAGCGCUGAAAUCUGUAAAGAAAGAGAAAAAGACAGAACAGAAGGAUGUAGCCCUGUCCUAUCACUAGAGAAGGACACGGAGGAGGGACAUACAGGAAAAAGGACAUGUGUAGCGGAUGAGAGGAGAGAAGAAAUACUGCAUACACACAGUGAGUCUUCAGGUUCUGAGUGCGCUGUGAAACCCUCUCAGCCAGUCAGAAGAUGUCGAGGACCCAAACCCAAACCCAACCUGGUGCGGAGCGUCAGAACCACACACCCCGUCACACACGUCCAGCAGAACCCUGUAGCAGUUCCUGAUGAGAAACAAGUUGUUGCCACGACUUUGCCUGACAUUCAGCAGCCAGAAGAGGGCGCUAACGUCCCGGAGCCAGAAAGAGAAACUCAGUGUCAACUACUAACGACGACUCCUGAUGUCGAUCCAGACGAACCUCCUAGUAGACCUGCGUGUGAAUUCUCUGCGUCGGACGAGCCGGUGUUUAUUCUCUCUCUCACCGAGGUCCUUCCCACUCACACAGAAGGGGCGGAGCUUGAGACUGACUCUCUCACUCUUCCUGCAGCAUCAGGAUCGCUCUCUGAACCAAUCAGUGCCAUUGAGAAUGCCAUUGCUGUUGUGGGGAAUACGGGUCCAGCUGGAGAUCAGGUCUUCUCUCAAGUUUUCCCAGAUGCAUUGAUUCCUGUCUCAGAGGAUGAAGAGACUGAGAAAAGGGGAAACGAAACAAGCAGAAGAGUGGACGAGGAAUCCCCAAGCCGACUCCCGAAGGAGAAAGAAUGUUCACCUUUAGAGCAGAACAUUAUUGCUCCAGUGGGACCUGAUGAACCACCUGAGCAAUUAUCAUCAUCAUCAUCAGGCCAUAAGACUAAGGAGAAUGUCGAGCAGGCCGAGCUUCCUGCUAAGAGGAGAAAACUUCCCGAAAGAGCCAGAAGAGCAAAACUGCAGAUCAAACCCAACCCGGUUCAGAGAAAAACCUGUCGCGACCUGUCUCUGGACGAGACAGGAUCUGUGCCUGCGUCAUCGUGCGAGGUGAUGUCAGAAGAAACUGUGUCGACAUCAGAGCUCGUUCCUUCUGUCGUAUCAGCAGAAGAACCCUCAUCAUCAUUAGCCACUUUGGAUAAAAACAGCAGCACUCCCAGUGUAGCGACAGAGCAGAGUUCUGUAACACCACCUCCGUCUGCCAGGACUGAGACUCCACCCACUCUGGUUUCUUCUUCUUCUUCUUCUCAAGAUAGCAUAGAAAACAUUGACCUUCCAAAGACUGAACCUGUGGACACUGGUGCCAGUGUGAUAGGGGCAGAGUCACAACCUGUCCAUCAAGAAGUACCUCUGACCUUGACAGAAACUCUGGCGAGACCGGGUAGGAGACCCAAAGGCUUCCUGUCCUUCAUGUCCAGUACGAGCACACAGAGACCCACAGAGUCGCCUCGCUCUUCUCAAAAACCCUCCGUCAUCACGCCACGUGCAAAGCGGAGACAAGCCGCACCGAGCACCUCUGCCACACCUCCUCCUCCUCCUCCUCCUCCUCCUCAACAGGAGGAGAGCUCACACACGCACGCCGAGACGUUGACGACGUCGAGCGCGAACCCAAGUGCUGCAGAAGACGGAGAAGAACCCACAAGCGUCUCGGCGUACUUCUUCAACGACAUCUUCACCGUCGUGGACGAACCCGAGGACUGCCAAUGAGGGACAGCUAGUACAGUUAGCGUGCACGUGUUAGUGACUUCAGCGCAAUGUGUCAUGUUUAAUCAGGGAAGAAUACACUCCACACUCGUACACUCAUUUUUUUUUUUUUCCUCCUGUUUUUUUUAUUUAAUAUCAGUGCAACACCAGUCAUCGUGGAAUUUUAGCAUUUUUGGGGUGUUUCCUUUUUCCCUUUUAUAAAUUUUUUUACCUCAGAAUUCAUCUGAUUCUGUAAUUAUGGAAACCUGGAAUUCCAUUUCGUUUUAUUACCCAUAAUGCCGACCGCUCCGUGCUCUGGUGUAAAUAUUCAUCAUUGAUCAGUGUCGUGCCAUGCUUGCUCUCUGCUGCCUGUACAGUUUAACACACAGAGUUUUAGGAUGAAGUGACACUUUGUCGAUGUUGUACAUGACUUUACACAAGUAUUAUUUGUUUAUUGCAGAUAAAUGGCAUCUGUAAAUAUUUUAAUAAACUUUUAUUAUUGUGCAUUUUUUUGUUAUUGUUUAAUAAUCAUUUUACAUGUUGUAUACACUCGCACAUUUCUUUCUC